GCGAUUCGACCCCUUGGCCUCACCCGCCGAAGACUUCAUUUCCCAGGAUGUUAAGGGGCGGGGCCGGCCGGAAGGCUGUGUUUCCUCCGCAGGGCAUGAUGGGGGAGUCGGAGAUUUCCAUCAUGGCGGCUUCCAUUUCGGGCUACACCUUCAGCGCUGUGUGUUUCCACAGCGCCAACAGCAACGCCGACCACAAAUCCAUAAUCAUCAGCCGUGUUCAAAACUUUUUAGUUUUUAUGACUAUGCAAGCAAAGUUAAUGAAGAGAGUUUGGACAGGAUUCUUAAAGAUCGGAGAAAGGUAUGUUCUAUUUGUUGCCCAGUCUGAUUUGGAAAUCACUCUUUAUCUUAUCACCUAA